AUGGAGAACACAUAUGACAAGGUCACAAGAAGUCUGAUUUGGGCAAUCCUAGAAUGUUCCAAUGUCCUGGAAAUGGUAAAAUUAGUACAGGCCAAUAAUACAAGUACAAAUAGAGUUCAGACUCAAACAGAGCUUCCAAGUUGGAGUAGGGGUGCAACAGGAUCUAGCUCAGAACCCACUGCUGUUCAUACUGGUUGUGGACUACAUCAUCAAGCAGUUGCACUGAAUGCACCUCCAGCCUUUGGAGACAUUUUCAAGAAAUUUGCUGAAAAUACCUUACAGGGACUUGGUGGUGCUGUCUUCUACAGGGGGCUGAGCAGUGACCAUCUGUUCCAACUUUUGGACUGGUGCCCUGCUCCCUCUUCAGUUUGCAGUGAGUUUUGCUCUCCAGGGUAUCGUAAAGCCCCAAUUCAGGGAAUGCCAGUCUGUUGCUAUGAGUGUGUGCCAUGCUCUGAUGGGGAAAUUUCAAACCAAUCUGAUUCUGCUGUCUGUAUCAAGUGUCCAGGGGAUUCCUGGCCAGAUGAAAGAAAGGUGAUUUGCAUUACAAAGAUUGUAGAGUACCUGUCCUUUGAUGAUCCGCUGGGAGCGUCACUCUCUAGUCUCUCCAUUACUCUUUCUGUCAUCCCAGCGUUUAUACUGUGGACUUUUAUUAAAUAUCGUGAUACACCGAUAGUAAAGGCAAACAACCGUAACCUCAGCUACUUCCUCCUUGUUGCUCUUAUUCUUUGCUUCCUCUGCUCCUUAAUAUUUAUUGGAAAACCACAGCAGGCUAGCUGUUUACUACGACAGACUACAUUUGGUGUUAUAUUUGCUUACUGCAUUGCUUUGAUCCUUGCAAAGACCAUCACUGUAGUUAUUGUAUUUGGUACAACAAGACCAGAAGGUUUUAAAAAGAAAUGGCUGGGAUCCAGGACACCUAGUUUUAUUGGAUGUUUCUGUGCUGUUCUACAGCUGACCAUAUGCAUUAUUUGGCUAGUGUAUGCAAUGCCUUUUCCAGAAAAAAACAUGAACUCUUUCAAAAACAAAAUAAUCAUAGAAUGCAAUGAAGGAUCCCUUACCAUGUUUUAUCUUAUGCUUGGAUAUCUUGGAUUAUUAUCAAGUGUAUGCUUUGUGGUUGCAUUUUUAGUACGAAAAUUACCAGACAGGUAUAACGAGGCUAAGUUUAUCACAUUCAGCAUGCUAAUCUUUGUCAGCGUGUGGCUGUCAUUCAUACCAGCAUACCUGAGCACCAAAGGGAAAUAUGUUGUUGCUGUAGAAAUAUUUGCAAUCUUAUCAUCAGGAUUUGGAUUGCUGAGCUGUAUUUUCUUCCGAAAAUGCUAUAUUAUUUUAGUGAGACCAGAUAGGAAUAUUAAAGAAUCAGUAUCAUGGAGAUCACACUAA